AUGAGUGCAACAGAAGAAUACUGGACGCAAUUGAGGCCAUAUCAAGAAACCACUCCAAAGGGAGACGGCGAACUGAAUAAAAAAACAUAUCUAUUGAAGAAUACAGGUGCUCAAAACUUUAAUAUUCAGAACACUGUCAAGAGAUUUCAACAUUUGCUGAAGAUUAGUGGUCUGUUUAAACAUUUUAUUGUGAGUAAAGCUACCAAAGAUGAAAGAUUUAAGAAAGUUUUGGAUAUUUUGAAUGAAAAAGAACUAGUACAAUCCUCGAAUGGAUCAAUACAUAAGGAUGCAAGACAUAGAAAGAGUGAGACGGAAGAAGACGCCGAACUGUUGAAAGAGGAAGAAGAUGAAGAUGAGGAGGAUGAAAAUUCUCAAUCUAUGUCGUCUAGGGAGUUUCAAUUUAGAGAAUCACCAGCAUAUGUUGAUGGUAAUUUAAGACCCUACCAGAUACAAGGUUUGAAUUGGUUAGUUUCAUUACAUAAGAGUGGACUGGCAGGUAUUUUGGCAGAUGAAAUGGGUCUUGGUAAGACUUUGCAAACAAUAUCGUUCCUUGGAUAUCUAAGAUAUAUCGAGAAAGUACGGGGGCCCUUCCUGGUUAUUGCCCCAAAAUCAACUUUAAACAAUUGGCUUAGAGAAAUUAAUAAAUGGACACCUGAGGUAAAUGCCUUCAUCUUACAGGGUGAUAAAGACGAGAGAGCCAAGUUGGUUUCAAACACGUUAAUGGAAUGCAAAUUUGAUAUUGUAGUUGCAUCAUAUGAGAUCAUUAUCAGAGAAAAGGCUGCCUUUAGAAAAUUUGAUUGGCAAUAUAUUGUGAUAGAUGAAGCACAUAGAAUCAAGAAUGAGGAGUCGAUGUUAUCACACGUAUUAAGAGAAUUUACGUCUCGUAAUAGAUUAUUGAUUACUGGUACACCUUUACAAAAUAAUUUGCAUGAAUUAUGGGCUUUAUUGAAUUUCCUACUACCAGAUAUUUUUGCGGAUUCACAGGAUUUUGAUGACUGGUUUUCUUCAGAGAGCUCUGAGGAAGAAAAGGAUAAAAUUGUGAAACAACUACAUACCGUCCUACAACCUUUUUUGUUGAGACGUAUUAAGAAUGAGGUCGAGACUUCUUUGCUACCUAAGCAGGAAUUGAAUCUAUAUGUAGGAAUGUCAUCGAUGCAAAAAAAAUGGUAUAGGAAAAUUUUAGAAAAGGAUCUUGAUGCUGUUAAUGGUGCCAAUGGUAACAAAGAGUCAAAGACUCGACUAUUGAAUAUUGUUAUGCAGUUGAGAAAAUGUUGUAAUCAUCCUUAUUUGUUUGACGGUGCAGAACCUGGUCCACCUUAUACCACCGAUGAACAUUUGGUAUUCAAUUCCGCUAAGUUGUUAGUAUUAGAUAAGUUGUUAAGAAGAUUAAAAAAAGAAGGUUCUCGUGUUUUAAUUUUCAGUCAAAUGUCCAGAGUAUUAGAUAUAUUAGAGGAUUACUGUUACCUGAGAGAUUUUAACUAUUGUAGAAUCGAUGGGUCUACUGCACACGAGGAUAGAAUUGAGGCGAUUGAUGAUUAUAAUGCGCCAGACUCUGAUAAGUUUCUCUUCUUGUUGACAACACGUGCAGGUGGUCUAGGUAUCAAUUUAACUUCAGCAGAUAUUGUUGUUCUGUUUGAUUCAGAUUGGAAUCCACAAGCUGAUUUACAAGCUAUGGAUAGAGCGCAUCGUAUUGGUCAGAAAAAACAAGUUAAAGUAUUUAGGUUUGUCACAGAUAAUUCAGUUGAGGAGAAGAUCCUGGAGAGAGCUACUCAAAAAUUGAGACUUGAUCAAUUGGUCAUUCAACAAAAUAAACCAUUGACAAACAAAAAUAAAGAUAAGAACAAUGGUAAAGAUGCAUUAUUAUCCAUGAUUCAACAUGGUGCUGCAGAUGUAUUUGAGACAGAGAGUAAUGCAUCUAGUAAUGGUGGGACACCAGCACCUGGUACCUUGAAAGCGGAUGUGUCCAAAGAACAAGAGGUAAACCUUGAUGAAUUGUUGGCCAAGUCUGAGACGAAGAUGCAGUCAUUGAAUAGUAAAUAUGAAUCCCUUGGGUUGGAUGAUUUACAAAAAUUUAAUCAAGAAUCCGCAUAUGAAUGGAAUGGUGUUGACUUCAAGAAAAAGACUCAAAAUAACGUUAUUAAACCAUUAUGGAUUAACCCAGCUAAACGUGAACGUAAAGAAAAUUAUUCUGUGGAUGGUUAUUAUAAGGAUGUUAUGAAUACAGGUAGAUCGAAUACACCUACCCAUACCAGGAUGCCUAGAUUACAUUAUUUUGCCUCACAUCAAUUCCAAUCACCACAAUUACGAGUUCUCUAUGAAAAGGAUCGUAUGUGGAUGGCCAAGAAAUCUAAUUAUAAAGCCGUUCUUGAUGAUUUGAAAGCUGUUUUUGGUGACUCAUAUAAUGAUAAAGACAGCGACGAUAUCAAGAACCAAAAACUUCGGUUAUUGCAGUUGACAAUCGAUAAUGCAGAACCAUUGACAGAAGAAGAAUUGAAUUUGAAGGAACAAUAUGAGCAAGAAGGUUUCACAAAUUGGAAUAAAGUUGAAUUCAGAAAAUUUGUAUCAUUGAAUGGUAAAUAUGGUAGGAAUUCUAUUGAAUCUAUUGCUUCUGAGAUGACUGCUACCAAGACAGUUGAGGAGGUGCGUGAAUAUGCAGCUGCAUUUUGGUCACGUAUUGAAGAAAUUGACGAUUAUGAAAAAUAUCUAAAUAUUAUUGAAACGGAUGAAGAAAAAAUUGAAAAAUUGAAAGUACAACAGGAGGCAUUACGUCGUAAAAUGGCGCAAUGUGAAAAUCCAAUGUUUGAACUUACAUUAGAGCAUUCGCCAUCUAAAAAUUAUACUGAGGAAGAAGAUAGAUUUAUUUUACUCAUGUUAUUUAAAUACGGUCUCCAUCGUGAAGAUCUAUAUGAUGUGAUACGUCAAGAGAUUAAGAACCAACCAUUGUUUGAACUAGAUUAUAGUUUCAAACAAAAGACAGCUGCAGAAUUGUCUCGUCGUGGUACGACUCUACUGCAGUGCCUAGAGAAAGAAUUUAACUCUAAAAUUGUGAUGGAUGCUGACCUUAAGGAAAGACUUGAUGAAGAAGAUAAAGUUGGGAAAAGAACCAGGGAAGAGAUGGCAACUGCGCGUCACCUCGAGUUAGAAGAAGAACGUAAGAAAGUCAAAACAGAAUAA